AUGGCGACCCGAACUCCGUACAGCCUAGGCUGCCACGCAUGCAGAAGGAUGAAAGUCAAGUGCGAUGAGAAGAAGCCACAAUGUGGAAGAUGUGCAAAGGCUCGUCGUUUAUGCCCAGGCUAUCCCGACACGAAGCAAGUGAUAUUCCGGUCGGUGAAUGAAGGACUUGCUUCGAAGGGUAAAGCUGCACGUCCGUUACGGACGCGAACACAUAAUACUUCUGCAGCAUCAGAUCACGCAGGAGAUUUGGCAUCAGAUUCAUGCAUACCGCAACUCCUCGCACAGCCUUCUGAAGCAUGGGACACGAGAGCCAUCUCGCAUUUCUUAUACCAUUAUACAUCAUCUGCGACGAAGGACAGCUCCGGGUAUCUAGGGUUCUUGUCAGACUUAUUAAGCAACAGUCCAAGCGUACCGUAUCUCAAGUCCGCGGUGCUUGCAGCUGGCUCUGCGAGUCUCGCCAACAUAACCGGGCUCGUUUAUCUCCAGAUAACUGCGGAGAAACACUACGGUGAGACACUAAGAUGUAUUUCAAGCGCUUUGAAGAACCCAUUAGAAGCGAGCUCUGAUGCUACACUGGUCGCCAUCAUCAUCCUCCAGAUGUACGAGGUAAUCGUCGGCAUCACGAGAGUGUCAUGUGAUCCCCACCAGAAAGGACUCGUGGAACUAUCGCGGAUACGCGGGAAUGCUCGGCUCGGGACAAGGAACGACAAUGCCUUGCUUCAAGUUAUCCACGGCCGGGUUCAUACGAACGCAAUAGGGGGCCUCUGUCCUUCCCCGAUCAACAUGGAUUAUGAUGUUAAGAGGGUAGAUAUCGCUCUGCAUGAAGCUGAGCUCUGGCGACUUAUGCGCAAGACCUCGCAAUGCUGUGUCGCGACUUGGACGAUGAUUUCGGUUCCAAGCUACGAAAUAUCCAGUAAUGAAGUUAUCAAAUCUAUUGAUAAUCUAUACUCGACGUAUCAUGGCCUACUGAACUGGAGGAAAACACUGCCCUCUAUCUGGUCAUACCAAUCCUGUGAGAUGCCCAGUCGAGAUGCCCAGCCGGGAACGAUUUACCCAGAGAAGUACCAUCUUUUCAAGAACAUUCAUCAUGGCGCAAUGUGGAUCAGCUUCUGGUGUACCGUCGUAUAUGCCCUACAAGUCCUCGUUCAUGCAUCUUCUCUUCCAAUAUUAGAACAAUGCCUCAACCAAGACCAAUAUUCCAUUCAGGAUCUCCAGAGAAGGCUCUACAGCGCAGUUGAUGACAUCUGUGCCUGUGUCCCGUACAUGCUAGGCGACGUAGACCGGCUAGGCCUACCAGUCGUCGGUAAGGACGGGAAGGCCCUGGGCGCUUAUUUUCUGCUGCGAGGGUUAUAUGUAGCUAGUUGUGUCGAGGAGUUGACGGAUCUUCAGCGGGAAUACAUGAUGACGACGUUCUUGCGGAUUGCGCAUGGCAAGGGUAUUAAGUUGGCUUUGCGACCGAGGAAUAGAUGGUUGAAUCGACAGCAGAGGGAUGAGAUGGUGCGGUAA